AUGUGGAUGCUUGCUCUAUCUGGCUCAAAGGCCAUCGGGCAGAGCUGGCCUCGGUUUUCCUGUUUCCUCCGCACCAUUCAGGGACCCACUUCCGUAUUCUGGAUUCUUCUUCUAAAUUACUCACUACAUUAGCUAUAUAUCUCACAGAGAAACAUGGCAAGCCAGAGCUGCUUCAUGUCCAUGUUUCUGGGGUUCUUUACAGCAAUGGUGCAUCUUUCAGCCUCCAGUCUCAGUAAAGUUCCGGUUCAGUCUGACAAACCAAUGGGAAUCUUCCUGCUGGGGGAUGGAGAAAAGUACACCUUAAACUUCACUGAAGCAACAGCAGCCUGCUUACUUCUGAACGUCACCAUAGCAACCGAAGCUCAGAUGCAGGAAGCAGUGCAGCACGGACUGGAGACAUGCAAAUAUGGCUGGGUGGCUGAAAUGAAAGCUGUCAUCCCACGGAUAAAACCUGACCCUAAAUGUGGAGCAGGGAAAAGUGGCAUGGUAGUGUGGCAGGCAGCACUUAGUAAAAAAUUUAUGGUGUAUUGCUUCAACACUUCAGCAAUUACAGAUCAGAACCAAACUUUGAAACCAAGCACAGCCAGUCCACAACCUCCCAGAUCUUCUACCUCACUGGAAGCGAUGAUCCAGACCUCAGCAUAUUCUGCAUCUACAUACAGAUCAACAACCCGUUUGCCACCAAUAGUGGAUAAUCCCACCAAACAGACCCCUUCAGCUUCAGACCCCUUCACAGAGACAACAGACCAGCCUUCAUCUUCCCUCUCCUCCUCCUCUGUUAAACACCUGUCCCCCUACGUUCCCCUUUCUCCUAACCGUCUGAGCACCCCCAUACCCCCCAGGGUCACUUUUGCCGUUUUGACCUGCAGUCCGUCCUCAAGUCCCGCUGUUUCUUCUGAGCUCAGUCUGCAACCAUCGGUUAGCCCGGCAAGCCUCCAGCUAAGUGCCGCUCACAUCGUACUCAUUAGCCUCAGCAUCAUUCUGCUUCUUCUUACGGCAGUGACCGCCUGGUGGUGCUACAAAGCCUCCAUAAGGACGACGUGGAGACGGAGAUGUGGAAGAACACGCACAGUGAGAUAGAGCUACAGAGUGAAGACGGAGCAGAAAUGGAGCUUGAUGAAGAACUGAGCAUGAAGUACUCCAGUGAUAUUACACUCUGUGUGAAUCCAUGCCUGGAAACAAACUCUUUAGAGUAGCUGGUGAUUCUGGAGCCUGAUUUAGAUCCUGGCGUCGAUCCGACAUGUUGUAUGAAACACCACAGACAAAAUCACUCUGUAAACUACAGGCAGGCAGAAAACACAACAACUUGAGGCUGAAAAGAGGCAGACUAUUUUAGUUAGCCACAAUUCUGAGCAGUUUAUUAUGGAAGUAUGUUUUUGCCACCUGAAAUUAAAAAAGAUGGCACAUGGUAUGUCAUAAUAAUAACACUUAAAGGCAUAAUUAUAAGAUUUUAAAUAAUAAAAAUGAAAUCUAAAACUAAUUUGUGAAAUUUUAAGUAAAAAUAUGAGAUUUAAAGUCAUAAUUUCAACUUUCAUGAGUCAUAAUUAUGAGAUAUUAAGUAAUAAUUAUAAGAUUAAAGUCAAAUUUGAGAGCCUAAAGCAUAAAUAUGAAAUUUAUAACCAUAUGAUCCAAAGUAAUAGUUUUGACUCUCAUAAGUCAUAAUUGUGAGGUUUUGAGGAAUUAUUAUAAGAUGUUAUAUGUUGUUAGAAGUUAUGAGAUUUUAAGCCAUAAUACGAUUUAAAGUGCUAAUUCCCACUCUCAUAAGUUCUAUUGACGAGAUUUUAAUAAUGAGGAGAAUUGAAAGUUAAUUAUGAUAUUUAAAUAGAUAAUUAUGACACACUUUGUAUCCCAUCAUUAUAUCAUAAAGACAGACAUAGGUUUGAACUUUGACUAGGCCAUUAGGUGACUAAGCUUUCAUUUAAAGCAUUCUAUUGUAUCUGUCUGCACAAUAUAUCACAACUAUAUUAUCAUGUGUAUCCUAACCACUGUGAGUCUGUGCAAUAUCAAGAUAGCAAAGAAAUACUUGGACAGUAAUACAUAUUAACACAUUUUGUCAAUUCAUUCAUGCACUCCAUGUUAAAUGUACAUUUUGUGAUGCUUGUUCUCUGAAGGAGCAGGAAAUGUUUUAGGGAGGCCAUAAAGAAAUAAUAAAAGCAUGUAUUUGUUGUCAACUAUGCAUUUUACUGCCUUUACUGCAGCUGUAGCCAUAAGAAAGUUUUUCUUCCAAAUCACACUAUUGGGUUUUCAGUUUUUCCCCAGUUCUCUGGAUAAACCACUUUUUUCUUAUUUAUUAUUAUAAGCAGCAGUGGGUUUAAGAAUUUUGGAGCCCAAGGCAAAGGCUGAUAUAAGGCCGUCUGAAAUGAGACAUAAUAUAGAAAUAAAUAGGGUAAUUAUACUGAUGUAUACAUUUAACAUAAUGUGUCUGAAUUAUUUGUUUUACUUUUUAGUCCUUUCUUUUUUCCAAGUCGUCAUGUUUCUUUUCCUUUUGUCCUUGUCUUUUUUUUUCUUCUUCUGUCCAUUUCACACAUAUUCCGCUCCCUUUUCUUCCUGUUCCUUUUUCAUUUUGUCUUCCUUAUCUCUCUUAUUUUUAUUUUUUUUAUGUUUAUAUUUUUUUCGCCCUUUUGUUCCUAAAUUCUUUAUUAGUCAACGGCCUCAGGAAAUUUUGCAGUGAGAUGAUUCUGACUGACUGACUUUAUUCACUAUCCAAUCUAUACCAGUAACAUGCUCCAAACCGCAGAUUCAUUUGCCCACACGCAACCAUAAAAUGUCUGGGUCACCAUUGAUUGUGCUUUAAGAAAAAAUACCUAAAUCACUUUUUUUUUAUUUUUAUCCAUGAUUAUAAAAAGCAUUAUUUUCUGACAGUAUAAAUGCAUUUACAUCCUGUUUGGCUCAUCACUGGUUUCUACUGGAUUUCUCCCAGAAAUGGGAUCCUACCCUACUCCUGGUAGCUAAUUUUUUUAUUUUAUAUUUGUAAAUAAUUGUAGUAUUUUGAUGUUGUAUGUUUGGUUUCAUUGUGCUUUAAUGGUAUAUAGUGCAUGAUCUUAAAAAAUGACACAACCCAACUGGAGUAGCUUCUUAUAAUCUUUUUUUUUCUUCUCUUCUCUCCUUUUCCUCCUGUUUGUUUUCAUGUUAUUUGCUGCUGUCUCCUGGAUCCUUUUCGCAUGUGUGCAGUAAGAUGGACCGAUUCAAUGUAGAGGACACUGAAGACUCACUUUUUAGCAAAAGUACUAAAAUCAAACACAUAAUUAAUGUUCAUAAAUAAUAACUGUAUUGACUAUAUGCAUAUGGGGAGUUUUAUGGAGCUCUCAGGAACUUGGGGUUCAUGAAAAUAUUUUAUUUCUUUGGUAGUAAAAUAAAAUAGUUAUCAACCAAAAA